AUGGAAUUCAACCCGGUGCUGAAACCAUACCAGCUUGUGGGGGUCAAUUUCCUUCUACUGUUGCAUCAGAAAGGCAUCGGCGGAGCAAUUUUGGCUGAUGAAAUGGGUCUCGGCAAGACAGUCCAGGCUGUGACUUACCUUAAUCUCUUGCAACAUCUAUAUGAUGACCCGGGUCCACACCUGAUAGUUUGCCCAGCUUCAGUGUUGGAAAAUUGGGAAAGGGAACUUAAGAAGUGGUGUCCUUCGUUUUCGAUCAUCAUGUUUCAUGGUGCUGGAAGGACUGCCUUCUCAAAGGAGUUAAGUUCCUUAGGCAAAGCAGGAUGUCCAGCUCCAUUUAAUGUCCUACUUGUUGGCUACUCGCUCUUCGAAAGACGGAGUGCUCAACAAAAGGAUGACCGCAAGGCACUCAAAAGAUGGAAAUGGAGUUGUGUAUUGAUGGACGAAGCACACGUGCUGAAAGAUAAGGGCAGCUUCCGAUGGAAAAACCUUAUGGCUGUUGCACAACAUGCUCGUCAGCGGCUAAUGCUGACGGGAACUCCACUUCAAAAUGAUUUGCAUGAGCUAUGGUCAUUGUUGGAGUUCAUGAUGCCUGAUAUAUUUGCCACAGGAGAAGUUGAUCUCAAGAAGCUAUUGAAUUCAGAAGACCAUGAGUUAAUUUCACGUAUAAAGUCCAUCUUAGGGCCAUUCAUCCUUAGGCGCUUGAAGUCGGAUGUUAUGCAGCAACUUGUCCCGAAGACGCAACAUGUUAACUUUGUCUCCAUGGGAUCAGAGCAGCUUAAAGCUUAUAAUGGAGCCGCAAAUGAGUACCGUGCCAUUUGUGAGGCUCGUACUGCAAAAUCUUCUGGCCAAUAUCCUCAAAAUGUUGUUGGAUUAAUUCCAAAGCGUCAAAUAUCAAACUAUUUUAUGCAGUUGCGUAAGGGUUUUUCAUUGCUCCCACAGAUUGCCAAUCACCCUUUGCUUAUAAGGCGCAUUUACAGCGACAAAGAUGUUGAACGAAUCGCAAGGUUGACGUAUCCUAAAGGCGCAUUUGGCUUUGAAUGUUCCUUGGACAGAGCAAUCCAAGCGCUAAAGAACUACAAUGAUUUUGCUAUCCACCAAUUGUUGAUUACACAUGGUGAUGCUGGUACAAAGGGUGCCCUAAAAGAGGAGCAUGUAUUUGCAUCGGCGAAAUGUCAGGCCUUAGCAGAGCUUCUACCUUCUUUAGCAAAUAAUGGUCACCGAGUUCUUAUAUUCAGCCAGUGGACCACAAUGCUUGAUAUCCUUGAAUGGGCACUGGAAGUAAUAGGAAUUACAUACAGGCGUCUCGAUGGAGGCACCCCAGUAAUAGAAAGGCAGACUAUAGUGGACACUUUCAACAAUGAUCUUUCGAUAAAUGCAUGUUUGCUUUCAACUAGAGCUGGAGGUCAGGGGCUGAAUCUAAUAGGAGCUGAUACAGUCAUAAUACAUGACAUGGAUUUUAACCCUCAGAUGGACCGGCAAGCUGAAGAUCGUUGCCAUCGCAUUGGACAGCAGAAACCUGUCACUAUCUAUAGGUUAGUGACAAAGGAAUCAGUUGAUGAAAGCAUAUACGCAAUUGCAAGGAGAAAGCUAGUACUGGAUGCUGCUGUUCUUCAGUCUGGAGCAGACUUAGAUGAUAGAACUGAUGUACCUGAGCAGACAAUGGGAGAGAUUCUGGCAUCUCUUCUUCUGGUGUGA